CCCGCCCUUGGUCCUGCCGAGUCUUGUCAGUUGGGUCUAAACCUUUCCCGCAUCCCGGACGCGAAGUAAGAUUUCAGAAUGUCUACCAUCUUGACUUAUACUUUUAAAAGUCUUCCCAGUACAUCAAAAUGGGCCUUUGGAUUUUCUAUAAGACCUCUGAGCUGUUCCUCCCAGCUACGAGCUGCCCCAGCUGUUCAGACCAAAUCAAAGAAGACCUUAGCCAAACCCAAUAUAAGGAAUAUUGUGGUGGUGGAUGGUGUGCGCACUCCGUUUUUGCAGUCAGGCACCUCAUAUAAAGACCUGAUGCCACAUGAUUUGUCUAGAGCAGCACUUACGGGUUUGUUGCAUCGGACCAAUGUCCCAAAGGAAGUUGUUGAUUAUAUCAUCUAUGGCACAGUUAUUCAGGAAGUGAAAACAAGCAAUGUGGCAAGAGAGGCAGCCCUCGGAGCUGGCUUCUCUGACAAGACUCCUGCUCAUACUGUCACCAUGGCUUGCAUCUCUGCCAACCAAGCCAUGACUACAGGUGUUGGCUUGAUUGCUUCUGGCCAGUGUGAUGUGGUGGUAGCAGGUGGUGUUGAGUUAAUGUCCGACAUCCCUAUUCGUCAUUCAAGGAAAAUGAGGAAAAUGAUGCUUGAUCUCAAUAAGGCCAAGACCCUCGGCCAGCGACUGACAGUCAUCUCUAAAUUCAGAUUGAAUUUCCUAUCACCUGAGCUUCCUGCGGUGGCCGAGUUCUCCACCAGCGAGACCAUGGGUCACUCUGCAGACCGACUGGCUGCCGCCUUUGCUGUUUCUCGGCUGGAACAGGAUGAAUAUGCACUGCGCUCUCACAGUCUGGCCAAGAAGGCACAAGAUGAAGGACUUCUUUCUGAUGUUGUACCCUUCCAAGUACCAGGAAAAGAUACAGUUACCAAAGAUAAUGGCAUCCGUCCUUCCUCACUGGAGCAGAUGGCCAAACUAAAACCUGCAUUCAUCAAGCCCUAUGGCACAGUGACAGCUGCAAAUUCUUCUUUCCUGACCGAUGGCGCAUCUGCGAUGCUGAUUAUGGCAGAGGAAAAAGCUCUGGCCAUGGGUUAUAAGCCGAAGGCAUAUUUGAGAGAUUUUGUGUAUGUGUCUCAGGAUCCAAAAGAUCAACUUUUACUUGGACCAACAUAUGCUACUCCAAAAGUUCUAGAAAAGGCAGGAUUAACCAUGAAUGAUAUUGAUGCUUUUGAAUUUCACGAAGCUUUCUCAGGUCAGAUUUUGGCCAAUUUUAAAGCCAUGGAUUCUGACUGGUUUGCACAAAAUUACAUGGGUAGAAAAACUAAGGUUGGAAUGCCUCCUCUGGAGAAGUUUAAUAACUGGGGCGGAUCACUGUCCCUGGGACACCCGUUUGGAGCCACUGGCUGCCGGUUGGUCAUGGCAGCUGCCAACAGAUUACGGAAGGAAGGAGGCCAGUAUGGCUUAGUGGCUGCCUGUGCAGCUGGAGGGCAGGGCCAUGCUAUGAUAGUGGAAGCUUAUCCAAAAUAAUCGGUCCAGAAGAGGUGACCUGAAGUUUCUGUGCAACACUCGCACUAGGCAAUGCCAUUUCAAUGCAUUACUAAAUGACAUCUAUAGUUCCUAGCUCCUCUUAGGAAAGCAACAUUUGUGGCCUUCUGUUAAAUAAUUUGAAAUUAAGCCUUGCCAGUGUUCUGAGCUUUUCAGUAAUCACAGCUUACUGCUCUUUUCAGGGAUUUUUAAGUCACCAGAAUCUCACACAAAAAUGUAUAAGCAGGUGUUUUUGGUUUCUGUUGUCAUUGAAGACUAAAUGAGCAUUUGCAAUUUGGGAAAGAGGUUAGCUGAGAUUUGGAAUUAUCUUUGUAACAUUUGCUAAUUAUACUUAUUCCUAUCUGUGUUCUAAAGAUAAGUUUUUAUAAACUACAAACCAGUGUGCCUCAAUUAAUUAUGGAAAAAUAAUUCAAAAUCUAAACAUCUCUGAAAACUUAUAAUAAAUGUUUAGAUAUAUAAUACCAUGUUGGUCAACCUUAAUAAAGUGGAGAAGUAUCGGA